CGCCUUCCAAUCGCGGUGUUUAGACAAGACUAGUGAGAACGAUUCUCCCAAAAGGAUAUUUUCGAUAAGAAUUUAUAAAAUAAAACUACAUACCAUCUUAAAAAUGAACUCCCUUACCGUACUGGUCAUCCUUGCUGCCACAUUGGCCUUCUGCGCCGGUGAUGUUUCCCACUUGUCCCGCAGCUACCUGCCUCCUCUGGCAGGCGGAUACUCCGGUUACUCCUCCGGCUACUCUUCCUACCCCUCGUACUCCAGUGGUGGAGGCUACUAUUCCACCGGUGGCAGCUACGCCUCGCCGUUGAUCUCCUCCAGCUACAAGAGCUAUGCGGUGCCCCAGUAUACCUCGUAUGUGACACCGUCCCGUUCCUACCUUCCAGCCGAUGCGGGCUACUCCGGCUACAAUGGCCUGGACACCCAGUACGGCAGCAACGGCGGAUACGUAUACUAGGAUGUAUGUCCCCUUUUUUAGAAGCAACAAUGGACACUUCCUCCAAUAAAAAACCUAUUUUUUUUCCCCACUAGGCGUAAGCUAUUUUUUACUAAAAAUUAUUAUCAAUGCUUUUUACUAAAUAAACGAGAUUCAAAACUA